ACUUCUGUCCUUAUUGCGGCUGUAGAGUUACAGCCGAAAGAGACAUUAUAGAGAACUAUUUUAAUUAUGGAUAUAAAUAUAAUAUCAUAAUUAGCCUACUAAAGAAUGAGAAUGGUAUUGAAAUGGAUUUACGGACUCUAAAGCGCAGACUUAAAUCUUACAAUUUAACCAGAAGGCAAACAGUUCCGGAGGACCUUGUGCGCGAAAUUAUUUGGAAUGAGAUGCAAGGUCCUGGAUGCUUGGCUGGUUAUCGGAAGAUGUGGCACAUACUUAAAUUAAAGCAUCACAUACAUGUACCCCGAAAACUGGUGGAAUGUAUUUUAAAGGAACUAGAUCCAGAGGCAUGUGCUUUGAGAAAGCAAAAAAAACUAAAAAGGCGUAACUAUUUAUCAUAUGGACCUAAUCAGUGCUGGCACAUUGAUGGAUAUGAUAAGCUGAAGCCAUUUGGAUUCCCUGUGCAUGGUGCAAUAGAUGGUUUCAGCAGGAAAGUUCUUUGGUUAGAAGUUACACGGUCAAAUAAUUUACCAGAGAGUGUGGCUAAAUUUUAUUUUGAGGCAGUAAGAAAAAAUAAGGCAUGUCCUUUGCAGACUCGUAGUGACUGUGGAACAGAGAAUGGGAUCAUUGCAGCAGCUCAAUGCUACUUUCGAUCACUUGACAAUGCACCAUUUUGUGGUAGUCAAGCUCAUGCAUUUGGUACAUCUCCAUCAAACCAAAGAAUUGAGAAUUGGUGGUCACAUUUUAGAAAAACAUGUUCAAGUUGGUGGGUUCAAUUUUUCAAAGAUCUUUGUGAGGAAAAACAGUUAAAUUUAAAUGAUGAUUUCACUAAAGAAUGUUUGUGGUUUUGUUUUAAUGGUGUCUUGCAAAAUUCAUUUAAUGAUUGUCAGGUUUAUUGGAAUACUCACUAUAUUCGGCAAUCUCGCCAUGAAACUGUUGCUGGAGUUCCAAAUGUUUUAUAUGCAAUGCCCGAGGAGUAUGGGGCUUUUGAUUGCCAAGUGAGUUACUGA